CAGUUAACUUGUGUUUUAGUGAUUAAUAAUCCGUAGUUGAAGUUGGCCAAAAAACUGAAAAAGUUUUCCCAGAUAGACCUGAAAGGCAACUAAUGGUGGCGGAAGCAAUGAAUGAUUAGCUUUGGAUUAAUCCUAAUCACAGCUACUACAAAUUCCAGUCAACAUUAGCCACUCAACACAGAUUACUUAUUUGUGAGUAUAACAGUCUCAGUCAAGCUAAAUCUACUCAAGAAUUUACACUAAUGGCUGACGCCGGUCGCACACCCACCGUCGACACCAACGCACUGGUGGCUAUGUGCCUGGCACGCGCCGGCGUUGACCGGAUGUUCGGCGUCGUCGGUAUACCCGUUACUUCCUUAGCUAACCGGGCAGUUGCUCUCGGUAUCCGGUUCAUCGCUUUCCACAACGAGCAGUCCGCCGGCUAUGCUGCCUCCGCGUACGGCUACCUCACCGGCAAACCUGGGGUUCUGCUCACAGUGUCGGGACCCGGAUGCGUCCACGGCCUCGCCGGCCUCUCUAACGCCUCCGUCAAUACCUGGCCGCUGGUCAUGAUUUCCGGCUCCUGCGAUCAGAGAGAUUUCGGCCGCGGCGACUUCCAAGAGCUGGACCAAAUCGAGGCCGUGAAACCCUUCUCCAAGUUCUCUGCUAAAGCCACUGAUAUCACCAAAGUCCCUGGUUGUGUAUUCGAUGUUCUGGAUUGGGCCGUCGCCGGCCGGCCCGGCGGAUGUUACUUGGAUCUUCCGUCGGAUGUGCUCCACCAGAGUGUGAGCGAAUCCGAUGCUCAGAAGUUGAUUGCAGAAGCUGAGACUUCAAGGAACAACAAAAAGGCUCUAAUAGAAAAGCCAAUCGUCAAGGAUUCUGAUAUUGGGAACGCGGUAGCUUUGUUGAGACAAGCUGAGAGGCCAUUGAUUGUGUUCGGAAAAGGGGCUGCCAUUUCUAGAUCUGAGUUCGAAUUGAAGACCUUAGUAGAGAGUACAGGGAUGCCCUUCUUGCCUACUCCCAUGGGAAAGGGUCUGUUGCCCGACAAUCACGAGCUUGCUGCCACAGCAUCAAGGUCUCUGGCUAUUGGAAAAUGCGACGUGGCAUUGGUGAUCGGGGCCCGGCUUAAUUGGCUGUUGCAUUUCGGGGAACCUCCAAAAUGGUCAAAGGACGUGAAGUUCAUAUUAGUCGACAUAUCAAAAGAAGAGAUUGAACUGAGAAAGCCAUGGUUGGGAUUGGUGGGAGAUGCUACUAGGGUUUUGGGAAUGAUAAACAAAGAGAUUAAGGAUGAUCCGUUUUGCUUAGGGAAGACUCACCCUUGGGUUGAGUCACUGUCUAAGAAAACCAAGGAGAAUGUGUCUAAGAUGGAGGCACAAUUAGCGAAGGACGUUGUUCCGUUUAAUUUCAUGACUCCAAUGAGGAUUAUCAGAGAUGCAAUCUUGGGAUUGGGUAGUCCUGCACCUAUAUUGGUAUCUGAAGGAGCGAAUACGAUGGACAUUGGGAGAUCAGUGUUGGUACAGACCGAGCCAAGGACUCGUUUGGAUGCUGGGACUUGGGGAACAAUGGGGGUAGGUCUUGGUUACUGCAUUGCUGCUGCUGUGGCCUCACCUGAUAGGCUUGUUGUUGCUGUAGAAGGUGACUCUGGAUUUGGGUUCAGUGCUAUGGAAGUUGAGACAUUGGUUCGAUAUCAGCUGCCAGUAGUGGUCAUAGUCUUCAACAACGGCGGUGUAUAUGGUGGUGACAGAAGGAACCCCGAAGAGAUUAGUGGACCCUUCAAAGAUGAUCCAGCGCCCACUUCUUUCGUUCCAAGUGCUUCCUACCAUCUUUUGAUUGAAGCCUUCGGAGGGAAGGGGUAUCUUGUCGGAACUCCAGAUGAACUCAAAUCAGCACUUGCUGAGUCAUUCUCUGCUAGGAAACCUGCCGUUAUCAAUGUCACAAUCGAUCCCUAUGCUGGUUCUGAAAGCGGGAGAUUGCAACACAAAAAUUGAGGCACGCCACUUCACAUCCUUUUCUUGUGACCAAUGUUGUAAAUUGCCACGAUUUUCACAUAGGCACCUCUAGUAAAGGGAAUCCUUGUUUUUUCUUUCUUAUUUAUUAACCUUAAUAAUACAACCAAACUACAAUUGGUUUACCCCUUAAUUUUGGGAGUAUUAUUUUAUGAGAUGUACUGAUGUACGUAGUACAUGUUUUCUAAUAUUUAUUUCAGCUCUACUUGUUUCCCGAAAUAUGUUUUCCGAUAUUUCUUGCAUUUAUUACACCAUGUAAAAUCAUAUACAUACAUAUACAUAUAUAUAUACACACACAUAAAUGCUC